AUGGUGGCCCCACCCAACACGGAGGCCGAGGGAGUCGGCUUCAAGGAAGAGCUCGUCAAAUGCAGCGAGCAGGAAACAUGCGAAUACAAAACGAAUAUCAAAGUCAAAAUAGGAAACAACCAAAAGAUCCUACUUCUAGUGAGACACAAGAAAGAAGAGUUCUACGUAGUGUUACAUCAAACCAAAUUUAUCGUUGCCUACCCAAUGGUAUACAAAACGUUGGCUCCACAUAAAUCUAUGUUUAGCUAUAAAGAAUUUUUUGAGUUAGGAAUAGACACCAUAGAUGCACAGAACAAAAAGGGGAAAGACAAAUGCGAGAGUUACGAUUUCAGCACCUAUGAACAAAUAAAGGUUCCAAAUUUUGAAGGGUUCAAUGACAAACCCUUCUCUUUAUGUUGUUCUUGUUACGAUUUGCCACAUACGUACAACUCUAUAAAUGAAGUAUACAAAGCAAUCCCACAGAAAAUGGAAUUAGAGUGUCCAGCUAGAGAUACAAUUAUCCGUGACCCCCAACAUGAGAGACUCGUAUCAGUAAAGAAAGCUCUCCGUCAUGUCCUCCCAAUGUAUGCUCUCUUCAAAUUUAAAAAUGACGUAAAUAUUUUUCUUGUCUUCAACAUCACUGUCAUGAAAAAAAAAAAAAAUUUUUCUGAUUAUUUCAAACUAUAUAAUGACAAGGUAGACUUGGAAAAAACGACAUACAGAUAUGUCAUUAGCGAAUCUGCAAAACCGAUAGAACUCUUUGACAAAAAAUUUAUUUACAUAACACAUUCAUCCUCAGCAUUCGAUAACGUUUUUAUUCCAACUCUCCAUAAUAACUACCUUUUGUAUCCAUUUUAUCCUGAAGAAUUAUAUGGUAUCAAAUAUGGCACAUUAGAUUAUGGAUGUUCAUACAAUAAAUCACUUAAUUUUGAGUGUAUUGAAAAUGAUCAAGGUAGAUGUAAAUACACAGAUUCUACCUGUCUCAGUAGAUCUAUUCUAGUUCCUAAAAAUUACGUAUCUGAUGAUUCCUAUGCUGCUUGUGGAUUAAUUGGCUACAAUGACUACACUGUAUCUAGAAGGGAGUCCUGCAUGGAAGAUGCAGAGUGCAUAACAAAUACGGUAGAGUCUUAUCUCAACAAAGCACAAGAACUUACAAAAGGGAAUUUAGAGACUGUAACCAAGCUACCUAUUAUUAAUGGGAAGUACCCCCAUUAUAUUUUUAGGAAGAAGAAUUACAACCUAGAUUCUGCAAACAAAAGGACAGUUAAAUUUUUCAAAGAUUCCAAUAUUGAACACUUUAUUGCAUAUGAAUACUAUAAGGAGGAUCGAACAGAGUUCACCAUCAGUUUGUAUAACAAUAGGACGGAUGAGGUGGGGCAUGGGCUACCCCCUCAAGCGCUCCUCUCUCUAAAAAGGGAGAGUGCCGGCAGGGGGGAGAAGCCCGCCCAACGAGAAACUCUCAACGAACUGAGAAUUAUUAACAUCCUCUACUCAGAUCAGUGUGAUGAACAGAACACACAAAAAUGUGGAGUUCUUGUGCAUUUGUGGAACCCGUCUAUGGAACAGAUCAAAGCUAGACUAAAGCUACAGUGCAUUAUCAACUCAAGUGAAAAAUACGUAGAUGAGAAAAACCUCAUACAUGAUGAGGGACAUGUGCAUGCAUAUGGGGCUUUUAAACUCUACGACACGCAGAAUUAUGUCGUUAGGAAGAGGGGAGUUAUUAGAAAAUUUUUUUAUCAUCAACCUAAGGAGACUAGCGGCAUGAAGGUAUACUCGGAGGGAAUACAAAAGGUCACCUGUUGCAUGGAGGAGCCGCAUAUCUGUGACAUGAAGAACAUCCCCCAUUGCAUCACAGCGGAGUCUUUAAAUGUACUGCACGUUUUCAUAUUCCUUGUUUUCCUCGUCCUUGUCUUUGUCGUGUUCCUUACUGGCAACGCCGGCAAGAAGAGCUCCAACUCAAACAGUGUCGACGCGGACAACGCGCCCUCCAGCUGA